UCGCGUCUCACGUCUCGUGUCUCGCGCGUGCCUCUCGCUUGCGCCCGCGCGCCUCCUGCCAGUGCGUCGUCCUCUCUGCACAGCGCGCUCCGCGAGAGAAGCGCGCGUCAUCUCCCCACCGCUUAACCUCCUCUCGGCCGCCGUGGACGCAUCGCGCCUCGCCGCGCAGCGGCACGCCAGUCAGUCGGUUUUUAUGUUUCGCGCGGAGUGGCGCGCGGCGAUUUGACGCGUCAGGAGCGACAGAACCAGCGGCUUCAGCGCGAUCCGCCGUCGUAAGCCCGAGGAUCGCCAGGCGGCCGUUCGUACGCUGCGACUUGCGUAUCACCGCGACCUUCGUACUGUCGUCGUCAUCGUCGUCGUCAUCGUCAUCGUCAUCGUUAUCGUCAUCGCCGUCGUCAUCGCCGCCGUCAUCGUCAUCGUCACCGUCGGCGGUCUCGCGUCGCACGCGCGCCCCGAGCGGAAGGUGCGAGCUAGGUGCGUCGUCUCGUCUCGUCGGAGGGGCAGGAAGAAGCGCGCCUCGUGGGGCCCCGUGCGGAAUCACGAGAGCGAGCGAGAGCGGAGCAGCGCGCAGCGGUGGUCGGCCAUUGUGCUUUCUUCGUAUCGCCGACGGGACCGCGCCGUGUUGCCGUUGCCGUCGUCGUCCUCGUCGGCAUAUACACCCUCGGCUGUCGGUGUGCUCUCUGUGCUGGACUGUACAUAACCGGUGGACUCGUACGUGAGGAGCGUGUGUGCGUGCGUGCGUGCGUGCGUACGUGCGUACGCACGCGUCAGUCGUUGCCGGCUACUAUCGCCGGAGCUCUCCGAUCGGCCGUCGCACGACCCCGCCACCGACGUCGGCCGCAGCUUCCUCUCAUCGUGGGCCAGCAUCACGGGGAUGCGCGUGCACGGGAACGAAUCUGCGGGACGGUGCGUACGAGCGACGUGGAUGCGCCGGUGAAGGCGGUGGUGGCCGAAGAGGAGCGAAGGGGAGUAGGAGGAGAAAAGAGAGAGAGGGGGAGAGAGUGGCCACGCACCGCGAGGAAAUGAAAUGCGCGAAGAGAGCCAUUAGGAAUCCGCUCCGGGCGAGUGUCAUUCACCCUGCGAGCGCGUCGUAAGAAGAAGGAGAAGAAGAAGAACAAGAAGGAGGAGGAGGAGGAAAGGAGCAAAAGCAGAAGAACGGAAGAGGAUCGGACGAGCGACUGACCGACCGAGUGCACACACACACGCACGUACACACGCACGCACGCACGCAAGCAAGCAAGCAAGCAAGCAAGCAAGCAAGCAAGCACGCACGCACGCACGCACGCAAGCAAGCACGCACGCAGGCAGGCACGCGAGAUCGGCAUUCCCGAGAGAGCCGCGGCAAUCCUCGUCGCCUCUUCGAAUCUCGCGCAGCUUUCGGCAAGGACCAUUCGUCAGCGCGCCGCCACACGCGCGUCAUCGCCGUCGGCCUCCCAACGCCGGCGUCAGAGUGAAAGGCGCCUCGAACUCCGAGGCGGCCGGCGCCUGUCCGAGAGAGCGCAUCGCGGAACUCGCGAUCCUUUCCGCGCUGCAGGCCGCAAACCGCGAAGAAAUCCACCCGCGGGACCGACCGCCAGCUUACGCGCGAUUUAUCCGAUCCGCGACACGCCGCUCUCUCUCUCUCUCUCCCCCCCUCUCUCUUUUUCUCUUCCUCCGUCAUUGCCUGCGUCCUUCUCGCUCUUCGCUCCGGAGUCUUCCGUCGUCCUCGAUUAAAACCUCGAUGUAGCGGCUGCUGUUAUAGAUAUAUGAGCGCUACACACACACUCACACACUCACACACACACACACACACACACACACACACACACACAUACACCCACCUCUUUACGAGGGAUAAUCUUCUCGUCUCUCGCGUCUGGUCGCGACGUCUCGCCGAGAGGAGAACGCGAGUUGUGCAGCAGCUCUCACCAAGAGUCUCCCGUCGGUCUACGCCGCUCCUCAUCUCUGCUGCUGUAUGCCGGUUGUAUUAUAAAUAGAGACGGAGGAGAGAGAAAUUCUGCCUAAACGACUCCGUGCCGGCGUGCCCGGGAAUCAUCAGCCUCUCUCUUUCUCUCUUUGUUUCUCUCUCGCCUGUCGAUGCCCGCGAGACGACGGCCCGAUCAUCGCCCGUCGCCGCUGGAAUUGAUGGAAUGCACGAUUGAGGAGGAGUCGUCGACGACGAGCGUGCGCGGGGACAGAACAGUGCUGCUGCGGCUGGUCGUUGCGAAUCGCGGCUCGACUGCGACGAGGAUGAUCGCGCGGAAUCCGCCGCCGACGAGUGCCGAUUGUGCGAUCGAUAAUGCGACCGGCGUCCCCACGGACCGACGCGGACGAGCCUAAGAGGGACUGAGCAGCGGCGAGGAGAUUUCAUCUCGGCGGACCUGGACGCGGCUCGCUCCGACGGACGGGCCAGCCUCGGGCACGGCCGAGGCAUCCGCAUCCGCACCGCGCGCACCGGACGGACGGUGACACAGCUUCUUCCAUUGAUGAUAACGCGAGCGAGCGAGCGCGCGCGCGCGUGUGUGUGCACACGCCUACACUCCACUUGGGUGCACGCUACUUCGGUGACCUGUCAUCGCGCCUACUAAGAUAGAAGAGACUUCAGACUGAUAAAAUAUUUGCCGACUGAUUAGAACGCGGGAUCCGCAGUCGUUCGUUGCGUCGACGACAAAAGCCUCGUCGCAUUGUUCAUCGAUCCCGACGUCGCAUUCUUCUUCGCUUCGCGUCCGAAAUUCAGCAACGUCGCCUUCCACGAUAUGUACACCUAAGUUACCGUUAAUUAACCUAAUUGCGCGCGGGUGGAAACGGCCUCGAAAUUGUUCAGCCAGCCAGCUGCGGAAAGCGCAAAGACACGGAGAAAGAGGGUGAGAGAGGAACAAAGAGAAAAGGAGGAAGAGAGAGAGAGAGCCAGCCAGCGAGCAUCCUCACGCGCGGAACUUGGUCGCAGGUGCCGUUGUUCGAUAAUCGUCUCCCUCCCAGCAGCUGACGCGAAGACACUCCAACGAUCUUUCCUCGUGGUCGAGAAGUCGUCUCCCGGGAAUCGAGCCGGGGAGACGCCAAAUCGAACGUCGUCGUCGCGCGUUUCUUGGAGCGACCGCGAAUGAUCGGUGCGACUGGCUCAUAAAUCCCGGUGAUUGCGACCUGGUCGUGGACCGUCAUCGUCGACUGAUCGGCCUGAUUCGUCGGAUCAUCACGCUGCUCGCGACUCAAGAAGAUCAUUCGCAACUAGAGACCAACCGCGCUCGUCGUUGGCUCCCUCGCACGUGGUGGUCCUCGCGCGGCGGGGACCGAUCAUCCCUGGUGGUGUCCCAGGGCCGCAGAUGGGAGCUGGUCUGCUAGGACCCGGCAGGGUGAUCAACCCCGUGCGACAGCAGCUGCAGCAGCGACAGAGACAGCAAGAAUCGUGCGAGCUCCUGGCAUUCGCACCCGCGCGACCACGUCGUCGACCACGAGGCCUCUUCUCCCAUCCGAUUCGGCCGCGCAAAUCCGAUCAAGCUGGAAUUGAUGGAGUUGGAGAACAUCGUGGCGAACACCGUGUACCUGAAAGCGAGAGAAGCCACAGACGCGCGCGAGUCUGAUGCAAAGGGGCGAAUGUGUGAAGUUCGCUCGCGAGGAGGUCUCAAUGGAGGUCCUUGGACACCCUGCGAACAGAAGGCUGACGUUGAGCGAGACGGCGGGCGCAGCGUGGGGAUGCCGAGGACGUCUCGGGAGUGCAUUAAGCCCGGUCUGCGAUAGGUGUUAGUGGCGGUGGUGACAGCAACAAAGGAAAGAGUAAGAAAUGGCGGAAGAUACUUCAGUUCCCACACAUUUCCCAGUGCAUCGGCCUAAAAGAUAAGCUUGACAUCAGGUACAGCUAUGUCGUGGACCAGCAGCCGAUCGGGCGGCUUCUAUUCAGGCAGUUCUGCCAGGACAGGAAGCCGACCUACCACCGCUACAACCUCUUCCUGGACGCGAUGGAGAAGUACGAGAUCGAGAUGGACGAGAACCGCACGGAGCUGGCGAAGGAGCUGUUCGAGCAGUACCUGAAGAGGGAGGACUCCGAGGUGAUCGACAUCCUGAACGAUUCUCAGAUCCUGCAGUGCGAGGAGCGUCUCAGCACCGGCGCCAAGGAGCUGUACGUCGAGGUGGCGCAGACGGUGAAGAACUUUCUGGCCGGUUUGCCGUUCACGUUGUUCCUCAACAGUUUCUACUUUUACAGGUACCUUCAGUGGAAAUGGUUGGAGGCGCAGCCGGUGACGUACAAGACCUUCCGGAUGUACCGGGUACUAGGGAAGGGCGGUUUCGGUGAGGUGUGCGCUUGCCAAGUGCGCGCCACGGGUAAGAUGUACGCGUGCAAGAAGCUGGAGAAGAAGCGGAUCAAGAAGCGCAAGGGCGAGUCGAUGGUACUGAUCGAGAAGAAUAUCCUGCAGAAGAUCAACUCCAAGUUCGUCGUCUCGCUGGCCUACGCCUACGAGACGAAGGACGCGCUCUGCCUCGUGCUGACCAUCAUGAACGGCGGCGACCUCAAGUUCCACAUUUACAACAUGGGCGGUGAGCCGGGUUUCGACAUAAAUCGCGCCCGAUUCUACGCGGCCGAAGUCGUGUGCGGCCUGGAGCACCUUCAUCUACAGGGUAUCGUCUACAGGGACUGCAAGCCGGAGAACAUACUGCUGGACGAUCACGGUCACGUGCGGAUAUCCGAUCUCGGUCUCGCCGUAGAGAUCACGGAGGGCGACAUGGUGCGCGGCCGGGUAGGCACGGUGGGCUACAUGGCGCCCGAGGUGAUCGACAACGAGAAGUACACCUUCUCGCCGGACUGGUUCAGCUUCGGCUGCUUGUUGUACGAGAUGAUCGAGGGCCAGGCGCCCUUCCGCGCCCGCAAGGAGAAGGUCAAGCGCGAGGAGGUCGACAGACGCGUCAAAGAGGAUCAGGAGAGGUACUCGUCCAAGUUCAGCGAGGACGCCAAGAGCCUCUGCCAGCAGUUGCUGAAGAAGAGCCCGAAGAGCAGGCUCGGCUGCAAGUGCGGCCGGCACGGGGCGAAGGAGGUGAAGCUCCACGGCUUUUUCCAGUGCUUAAACUGGAAGAGGGUCGAGGCCGGUAUGUGGGAACCGCCGUUUGUGCCGGAUCCUCGCGCGGUUUACGCUAAAGACGUCCUGGACAUCGAGCAGUUCUCCACGGUGAAAGGUGUCAAUUUGGACGCCACAGACGACACGUUCUACAGCAAAUUCAACACCGGCAGUGUGUCCAUUCCAUGGCAAAACGAGAUGAUAGAGACUGAGUGUUUUAAGGAGCUGAACGUAUUAGGUCCUAACAACACGCCCACUCCAGACUUAUUGAUAAACCAUCCGCCGCCCAACAAUGAGGACAGAGGCUGCUUUCCGUUUCGGAGAAAGAGGAAGCAGAGCGCCCGCACGAGGGAGAUCCCGCUGUCGGAGUGCCACCUGUUGGAGUUGGCGCAGACGCAAAGCUCGGAGAUGCUGACCAGCUGAUCCAAGACGAACGCGAGUAGCCUGAGUCUAUCGAGGUCGCCGGCGUUUCGGAGCUGUUGCCUCGGUUGAAACGACGACGGCGGCGACGACGGCGACGACGACGACGACGACGACGACGACGACGACGACGAUGACGACGAUGACGACGACGACGACGACGACGACGACAACGACAACGACAACGACGACAACAACGACGACGACGACAACAACGACGACGACGAUGACGAUGACGACGACAACAACAUCCGGGAAUCUCCCGCCAAGGAGAGGUGGCGCCUGAGUCUUCGGCAACCGCACGAACGCGGUUGCACGAUGCCCGCUGACGAACGGUAGACGAGAGAAAGAGCGAAAGAGAACGCGGACCCGAAGUGUCCUACAGUCCCGGUGACGUGCGUGCCACUCGAACGUGUUCCUCGAGAGGUUCACGAGGAUGAGAGAGGACAAAUGGGAGGCAGAAAGAGAGGGAGGGCAGAGAGGUGUCGUGUCGAGGAUCCGAGGGAUUCGCGCGCGAUUCUACACGCACGUACGCAUGCACAUAUGAACGCACGCAGGCACGCACGCACGCACGCACGUACGCACGUACACCUCGCUAAGCUAACGUAUCAACACGCACACGUAUACACACACACGCGCAUAAACACACUCCAGUAUUGUAAUCGUACGCAGCAAGGUGGGCAGGCACACGCGUUCGUGAAACCAAAUAUAACUUCCCGAAGCUCGAACGCGGAAACGCCCACGCGUGUGCUCCUGCGCGUAUAUCGACGUAUUUUUAUCGAGCCGCGGUGUGUCGUCGUUCGGUCGUCCGUACGUGCGAACGAGGAGUCAUGGGCGGUGUAGAUAACUAGAUAAGUAGGUAGAUAGGUAGGUAAGUAAGUAGGUAGGUAAGUAGGUAGAUAGGUAGGUAGGUAGGUAGGUAGGUGGGUAGGUAGGUAGGUAGGUAGGUAGGUAGGUGUGUGUUGUUCGCCCGACACAACGUGUUCGUGAGACACAUGUGUAACCUUUCGACGUUGCGAGAAAAGACGCUCGCGAGGAGAAUCGCGAACCCGUUAGAAACGCGCAGAGGCCGGGAGAGAGAGAGAGAGAGAGAGAGAAUGUGUCAUUCGCGACGAUCCACGACGGCCAAGCGCUCGAAAUCCCCGGCCUUGAAGAGCUUCAGAAGGUCGUGUGUCGAGCUGAAGAUCAACGUGCGCACACCUAUACACGUAGAUAAGAAUGGCUGGUAACAGUGGACGUGCAGUCGUCCGUGAGCAUUUUUUUAUACGUACUUAUGUAAUCUCGUUCGUUUACGCGCGUCGGUCUUGCGGUCAAAUCGUUUCCGUUCGUCGGCGAUGCGCAAGCUCCUUGUCACCCUUGAGAGAGAGAGAGAGAGAGAGAGAGAGAGAGAGAGAGAGAGAGAGAGAGAGAGAGAGAGAGAGAGAGAGAGGAAGGGGAAGAAGAGAGAAGAGGGAAGAAGGGAGAAGUAACCGUGCGAUCCGACUUGAUCUUCAUCUCUGGCAUACUCUCGACACGAAUCAACUCAAUCAUCUCCGCUGAAUCUCACUGUAACUCCAGCACCGUCUCGCCCGCGACCAUCCGGCCACCUAGUUUCCCUCUCGACGUCGUCGUCGUCGUCGUCGUCGUCGUCGUAAUCUCGACGGGACCGACGUUGCGUAAGAGCGAGCCGUCGCAGGCGAAUAAACUCUAAUAGCUGGCCGAGAACUUCGGCCGCGAACAGCCGUGCGUCAUGAUUUACGAGUGCGCGAUAGGAUCCUCGGGGAUCUCAGCGCGGGUCGGAAGAGCGUAGACGACGACAGCGAUAACGGGCGCGCACGUGGAACGGACAGGUCGUAAAAGAGCACGUGAGAAGUUCGUCUCGCCCCGCCGCGCCGCGCCUCGCUCGUAUCGCGACAUUAAGCUACCGGCAAACAGACACUCGAUACCACCGCAGAGCAAAUAAACACUCGCGCGUUCAUAAACGUUCGCCCGAUGCGUCCGAGAUACAUCAUGAUCCGCCGUCGUGGUCGAAUCAUGCGUGCACGAUGACGACGACUGGGAAGUGACGCUUUCGCGUUCCCCGCUUGCGGCCAAACGAGCGAGUGAUUAACGAAGCGGAGCCGCCAAGCGGCGACGCGCCGAUGAAUCCGACGCGCUGAAAUUCCAGAAUUCGCGCGUUUUCCCGGCUGCCUCGCCUGUCGUCGUCACGAAGGGUUGUUAUCGUCCGCGGGGGUGUUGUCGACACGCUGGCUUUGACGAAGCGGCUCAAACGCUUUUCGUCGAGUGCGAUUCGGAACGCGAGGGAACUCAGUCUCUGCGAGUUUUUCAGAAGCGAGUUUUCCGGAAACCUGUCGGGUCGCUCUGAGAUCUGCUUUCCUCGGCUAUCCUUUCUCAAGAUCCGAGUGUCGACCUUUGCUUUGCGGAACACGCAAGGACCUGGCGGCGAGACGAGGCGAAGCGAGGCGUAUUCAGGAAGGAAGGAAGGAAGGAAGCUGUUCCUUUUGCCUUCGGCGUACCGAACGAUGCGACUUUGAUCGAAUCGCGAGCGCCCAGCGGCGUCCCGCGGACGGGCAGGCGUCCAGAAAAACAGGACUAAGGAGUAAUAAACGGAGAUUGCAUCCGUCGGCGGUUUUAGGAGGCCAGUUAUGAUCGAGCGGUAUUCACGUCUUUUACGACACGCGUUGUUCCCGGACGAGUUACGACAGUCGCGUAUCGUUUCCGGGUCCUUGGCGAGUCCUACCUCUGCCUCCCUCCCGUCCCCUUCUCUCUCUCUCUCUCUCUCUCUCUCUCUCUCUCUCUCUCUCUCUCUCUCUCUCUCUCGUCUCAUCCUCAAGAGAGCGCGAAGAAUCUCACGGGGUGUUCAGUAUUCCUUUUAACAUCCCCGAUGCCGGGCGUCCCGAGGAUGACAUCAGGAUCCUCGGACGAACUUCGGAGUCUAAUGUCAAGAAAGUCCAUUCUAAAUCCGUCGAAGAGUCCGUCGUUAAUAUUAAGAUCUGAGAUUCUAGGCUGUACGAUGUUUUCACCGCAGUGACGCAACUUGCGGUAUCUCUCCUUAGCGUGACGAAAUCUCAAAGUCUCCGGGCGAGAAGUCUCCGUUCUGCGCAACGCGACGCGACGCGACGCGACGCCGCGUGGCACUUUGAGAAACACUGUGCGAUUCGCGAGGAGAUUUCGCGCUGGCUCGGGCGGAUUAACGGUGCGCUCAGAGUGCUCAUAAGCACUUUGGCUGUUCUCCAAUCGCGAUGCGUGUGCUAGCCAGCCAGCCAGCCAGCCAGCCAGUUCCCGGCGAGCGCGCCCAAAAUCAUUUGGCACGGCCGCGUCGAACGUGUCGACUUGCGUUUCUCCCGGCCGCGGCAUCCCGGAGGGAGCGUCUGCGCGAACCGGAGCCGCGCCGCUUAAUCUCACUGGAGGAUCUCCGUCACGAGGAUCGGCCAGGAGUCAGUCGUUCCGGAGAUAGGUCGCUCGCGGCAUCUUCGAGCGAAUCUCAUUUUGGUCACUCGACAUUCUCAACGUCGGACGUCGCCUAACUGACGCCCAAACGCACGAGAGGGAGCGCCGAAGGGGGUCGAUGGUGGGCCCGGAGAUGACGAGGAUGCCAGCCGCGAGUGGGAGUCCGAACGCACAAAUUACUCGAAGAGAGACUCCCGCGCGAACAGAUCCCGGCGCUCGCGCAACUUUUCCCCAAGAGCGGGAACGUGGAAAGCGAAAAGUUGCGAGCGAACUUGAUGACUUUCGCGAUCACGUGAGCCCCCGGAACAAUGGAAACGCGGAACUUUCCACUCGGAGAGGAAAGUUAGAUCGCCGCUCAAGGGCGGAAACGCCAAAAGUUUCGCGUCUUCCUCGCGCGGAGAGUUACACGAUCGCUAAGGUCAUCGAGUACACUUGAAAGUUUCCGCGCUCUUCGGAAGAAAAGUUACACGAUCGCUAGUCCGGACGUCUGCCGCUGUCGACCGCUGUCUUGAAAAUUUCCUCACGUCGGCGAGACUUGCGCGUGCGAUCGGACGCUCGUCGAGUCGAAAUACGCUCGCGAUGCACCUUGCGUGCAGAUAUCAGGAGGGGAGAAAGACGCACAAACGGUCGCAGAGAGGAACGAUGCGACGAUGAGGAUCCCUCCGCGUCGACGCGGGGAUCAAACCGCGCGCGGGUCGACCGGCGAAUCGACCUCUGCGUGUCCUCGGACGAACAAUCUCACGCUUGUUUUACGCACGACAUUAUAUAUUUAUACAUAUGUAUGUGUAUGUGUGUGUGUGUGUGUCGCACGCCCGCCGACGAACGGCACGUCGCGUACGGCCUGUAAAACUUCGCACUAGGGUUGCCAGAUGCGAAAUGACUAUUUUCGCGACAUUUUUAGGCGACGAUUAGAAAAUAGCUUGUUAGAGAAUGUUAGAAUUUAGUUAAAUUUGAGAGAUGGAGGGCUAAAAAAGACUGCUAAGAGAUGCCGCUGUGCACUCGCAGCAAACAAAUGCGUGAAUUUAGGUAGCAAUAGAGAGAAGUUUAGACAUAAACCGUGCGAUUGUAUUUUUUACCGCGCGAAUGGCUUAGUUGACAUGAAUUUUCUUAGGUGGCACGUCGAAAAAUUCGACCCUAUCAGCUCUCAGCUCUCAGCUUUCUCUCUGGUGCCAGAUAGAAACAUGAAUGUUACGAUUAUGAUUUUGUUGAAAUUCUCAUUUUCCGGAAGACUUAAAUUCCUGGACACGAGGCAGGCUUAAGAAUUCCGGGACAUUCCCGGAAAUCCCGGCCAUCUGGCAACCCUACUUCGCACACUUGUUAACCCUUAGACUGCCGGCCGCUCGGAAGCGAGGCGACCGCUGUGCGCGGCACUUCCAUGCGCUGAAGUGUUGACACUUUGACGGCUGCUGUCGCGCAUGUGUGUGUGUGCGUGUGUGUGUGUGUGAGAGAGAGACUUCAUUCCAUCAGCGAUUGUCGUCGCGCAGAGGAUGUUUGUCGAUAAUGACGGUCUAUGAUUAUCGUAUUGUAGAAGGUAUUGUAUGAAGGUAGAAAGACUAAAGACUCCAGGAAGUCGCUUGUGCGUUUUCAGACACGGCCUGAGCGAGCUUUCGGGCUCAGCCGGAAGUUCGCCGGCGUUAAACGCGGUCGUCAAAGUGUUGACAAUUUAGGCAGACACUUGACGCGCUGUUUGCGCACAUCCAGGACUUUCGUCGUCCGGGGCGGAACUGGAUAUCACGGCGACGUGUCGAGACGACGAGGAAAUAACCAUGAAAACUCGCUUUGCGAAUAUGAUUCGAUCACUCUCCCGUCGUUUCGUCACGCCCUCGUGACCUGCCCAGCGUCUAUAGACGUGGAUCGCGCUCUAAGGGUUCGUCACGAAUUGCAAGAUGCACAAAUGCGCCUAAAUGACCGCCACACGAACAAUACCUCGAGUAUAUCGCGCUCCUCGCAUGGCUCUACUGCGAGGAACGGAUUAUUUUUUACGAUCAUUUUUACGAUGAUUUCGCUGCAGCAGGUAAGAGAUUCGUUUUUUUUUUUUUUUUUUUUUACGAAGGGAGGUGGACAGAGAGGAGGAAGAGGAGGAGGAGAAAGAAGAGUUGGGUGGAUUGGGAUGUCGUAGAUAUCGAAAGCGUAAUGUCGCUCUUAAUAUAUCGGCAACAAUUCCGGAAUGAACGAAGAGACGAAAGAAAAAGCGGGCUUACCGAAUUGCUUCACGCAAAGCUCCGUCAGCUCCCACGCUCCGCUCGUUUCGGGAAGCCGUCGGCUUCACGAUUCGUCUUCUUGGAUAAUGAACUUUAUUGGAGAAAAGAGACAUUGGUAAGAGAGAGAGAGAGAGAGAGAGGGGGGGGGUGACAAAUCGCAAGGAUCAGUGUGCGUUUUCGUCGAGUUCAAGCAACUGCGUGAUGACGUUCGAUUGAGAGUCAGAAAGAGGCUAAACAGACUUAUCAGCAGCAAGCUUGCAGCAGAAAUUUUAGCCGCGCUAGGCCGGAGUUUCAUACGUAAGGUUUAAAUAUCGCGUAAGAUCCGAAGUUUUUCUAACUUGACGACCUGAACACGCCGCCAAUGUUUUCAGCCGCAGUUUUCAAGCGGACGAGAAGAAGCUUUCCCCAAAUUCAUAUUUCAGAGAUCGCAAUAUUUAUAAUCGGGCCGUACAUUAGCGAGUUUGCGGAUUUUCCACUUCCUCGAUACGUCUACUUUUCUUUAUCGAGGGGGGAGGGCUAUUUUAACGAUUGAUCACGAACGAGCAAAGAGCCGAACUGCUCGACUGUUCAUCCGCACACGCAAAAGUGUGUCUCAAGAUUAAUUUCCGCCCGUCCCGCCGAGCGACACGCGAGAGUUCAGCUGAGCGAUACGUUAGCCUAGGUUAGGGAGCCUCUCGUUAUGAUCAU